AUGGCCUCGGGCCCAGGCGCGCGGCUGCAGGAGGACGCGAGCUGCGCCGUGUGCCUGGACCUGCUGCGCGCGCCCGUGAGUGUGGACUGCGGCCACAGCUUCUGCGCUGCCUGCGUGCACGCGCUGCUGGACGCCCCGGGCCGCUCCGAGGCCCCGUGCCCACAGUGUCGCGCAGCCUUCCGUCCGGAAGGUGUGCGGCCCAAUCGGCAGCUGGCGGCGCUGGUGGACGGAGUGAGGCGCCUGGUGCUGGCGGAGGGCAGCGCGGAGGACGCAGGGGUUGUGGAGCGGUGCGCGCUGCACGGCCAGGAGCUCGCGCUCUUCUGCCUCCAGGACGGGCACGCACUGUGUAGGGCCUGCGCCGCGGGAGAGGAGCACAGGGGACACCGCACGGCCGAGCUGCAGGAGGCAGUGGAGGAGCACAGGGUAAAGCUGCAGCUGGCCCUGGAGGCGGUGAGAAAGGAGGCAGAGGAGGCGGCGGAGCAGGAGGUGACCGUGGGGAAGAAGAUCGUGGUGUGGAAGGAGAAAAUGGAGGUCCAGAGGCACAGGUUCCGGCUGGAGUUUGAGAAGCACCGUGGCUUUCUGGCCCUUGAGGAGCAGCUGCAGCUGCGGCGGCUGGAGGAGGAGGAGCGGGCCACCCUGCACAGGCUGCGGGACAGCAGAGUCCAGAUGGCCCAGCACAGCAAGGCCCUGAAGGAGCUUGUGGAGGAGCUGGAGCAGCGGAGCCAGCGUCCGGCUCUGCGCCUGCUGGAGGGUGUGAGAGAGGUGUUAAGCCGGAGCAAGGCUGCCGCACGGCUGGAGCCUGAGGCCAUCCCCCUGGAGCUCAGGACUGUGUGCCACAUCCCUGGCAUGAGGGACAUGAUGAGAAGGUUCCAAGUGGACGUGACACUGGACCCCACCACAGCCCACCCCAGCCUGCUGCUGACUGCCGACCUGCGCUCAGUGUGGGAUGGGGCGCUUUGGAGAGACGUCCCCGGGAACCCCGAGCGGUUCGACACCUGGCCCUGUGUGCUGGGCCUGCAGAGCUUCUCCACCGGCAGGCACUACUGGGAGGUGGAGGUGGGCAGCAGGGCUGAGUGGGGUCUGGGCGUCUGCCGAGACUCGCUGCCCAGGCAGGGCGAAACCACCCCGUCCCCUGAGAAUGGCGUGUGGGCACUCUGGCUGCUGCGGGGCUCCGAGUACAUGGUGCUGGGUGUGCAGUCUGCGCCGCUGCUACAGCUGUCCAGGCCAGGCCAUGUGGGGCUCUUCCUGGACUACGAGGCUGGGGAGCUCUCCUUCUAUGACGUCACCCACGAGUGUCACAUCUACACCUUCAGCCAGCUCUUCUCCGGCUUCCUGAGGCCCUACUUUUUCAUCUGCGACAAGAAUCCUUUGCUUCUGCCUGCUGUGACGGAGGCAGAGUCAGGAAGUGGGGCAUCCGGGGCUGCUCCUGACCCUGAUGGCCCCGAGAUGUCUUCCUGA